AUGCCAGCAGCGUUCGCAGGCAUUCGGUCGUCCCACAAGUGGCACCAUAUUGCUGACGCCGACGACACGCGACCGCUAUCGUGGACGAUUGGGCUCGCUGCCCACGACCCGACAGCGCUUUUGAACACGUUGACAGAGGUGUCGACGCCCGGGCAUCCCCGAUAUGGCAAGUACCUGGACAUGAACGCAGCAAAUGCGCUCACGGCACCCGCCUCGUUCGUCCUCGACGCGCUGCACAUGUGGCUCGGGCACCGCCGCACGACGUACUCGGCGGCGACCAACACGCUCGUCGUCCACAGCAGUGUCCGCGAAACACGCUUGCUCCUCCGCACGUCGAUCGGCGAGUUUCGACACCGCACAUACGCAAGGAUGCGCGCUUUUAAAGCCUCGUCACCGAUCGUGCUGCCAGCGCACAUUCAGGCGCUACUGACGUUUACGUCGUUGACGACGGGACCGCUGCACCCCAAGCCGCAUGGAUCGCGUAUUGAUCCAAGCGCGCCGGAUGGAAUCCCAAGGUCGACACCGAGCUUCCUCCGAUCGCUCUACCGCGUCCCACCCAAUGCGACGGCCAAUAACGCCACGCAAGCGAUCGCAGCGUUUUACGACGAAGCGUGGAGCCCAGACGAUCUCGCUCGCUUUCAAAGGAUGUUUGGCCCCACAAGUGCGUUCACCGUGGUGGCCCAGCGCGGCGACCGGCUCAACGACGCGUCGCAUCCGACGGGCGAGGCCUCGCUGGACCUGCAGUACAUUACGGCCAUGGCGCCGGGGGCCAACACGACAGUCUGGAGCAUUGACGGCAGCAACCCGUCUUCGUCCGAAGACGAACCGUUUAUGUCGUGGGCUCACCAGGUGCUCUCAGACCCUGCACCGGCGCUCGUCCACUCGAUCUCGUACGGCGACGAGGAAGCCCGCAUCAUGCGAGUGGCCAAGCCCUACGCGUUCCACCUGGAUACGCUGUUUCAAAAAAUGGCUGUCCGCGGCCUCACGGUCCUCGUGGCCAGCGGCGACGACGGCGUCGCAGGUGUCAAUGACGAUGGGAGCAAGAAUGCCACGAGUCGAUGUGCCGUCUCGGCGCCCGAGUGGCCCGCGUCCAGUCCGUACGUCACGACGGUCGGUGGCACGCAGCUCGGCGACGAUGGCGACGAAGUGGUCUGUUCGGGCGCAACCAACGGCGUCAUCACGUCCGGCGGCGGAUUCUCCAACGUCCUAUCUCCACGGCCCCCAUGCACCGUCGCAAAUCGGUUUUUCAACCACCACGGACGGGGGUACCCCGAUGUGUCGGCGCUCAGCACCAACUACCCCGUGGUCAUUGACGGUCGCGUCAAUAGUCUCUAUGGUACAUCCGCGUCGACGCCCGUCGUUGCGGGGCUGGUGACGCUCUGGAACGAGCUCCGCUUGACGCACGGACAAGCGCCGCUCGGAUUCCUCAACCCGCUCCUCUACCAGAUGGGCGCGCGGCACGGAAGCGCCUUCUUUGACGUGCUUGUCGGUGACAAUGGCGCAAGCGCAAACGGCGCGUUCGUCUGCCCGCAUGCGUUCGGCGCAGGUCCCGGCUGGGAUGCAGUGUCGGGGUGGGGCACGCCUCGCUUUGACCUCAUUGCGCGUUGUGUGCUGGACACUGGAAAUGCUGUCUCCAAGUGA